GGAAGGAGGAGGCCGGUGGCAGCCGAAGAGAGAGGGGGGCGGCCGGUCUGGGGGCUGGGAUUCUCUACAUCUUGGCCCCCAAACAGCUGGAGCUUGGUUUCUAGGGACCGAACGGGGAUGGCACACACUUGUCCCUUUCUCCCUCGUUCCUAUACACCUGUUCGAGUCUGGAUCUCCCACUGAUGAUCUCUCUCUCUCUCUCUCUCUCUCUCUCCCCUUUUCCUCUGUUCUGUUUCUCUAUUUUACCUUCAUGUGCCUCCCCCUCUUUUGGGAUUGUUCCUAAUAUUUCUGAACAGCUUGCUCACCUGCCACUCCACGCCCCAGGUUUCGCCGAUCCCUCCCCAUCCUUCCAUGGCUUCUAUUGAUGCCCGGAGAGGUGGGUGGUCUAAUAAACCUCAGAGCAGGAUCCCAGAGGCCAGCACCCUCUCUGUCCCCUUCUCCCCGUCAAGGCGUCCCCUCGCAGGUGGUCCUCCUCUGGGAUCCUUGGGUAUAAGGCUCUGUGUCACUCUGUGAGUGCCCGGACCCUGCGUUACGAGCCGUCCGGGUGGGACCAUCGGGGGGAGUAUAGUCCCUGUAAAUGGCUCCCGUCCUGCCUGGAACAUGUUGGUGGGGAGGAAGAGGGCUGUGUGACCUCAAAGUGCAGGUCACACUGCAAAGUGGGAACAGUUUACUGUAAAGCUAAAGGGACGCAGGGAGGCCCGCUCGCUUUCCCGGGAGCCGUCAUGCGUGCGUCCCGGUGGUGGUCUGUCUGAGCAGUUCUGACUAAGCCUCCUCCCUGCUGUGUACCUGCCAGCCCCUGUGCCCCGGCCCCUUCCUUAGACAGGGAGGCUCCCAAGAGCCGGAGAGGCCUGUGCUGGUGGAGAGACCACCACCAAGCCCUGAGUGGCUGGGGAAGAGCACACGCUCCCCUGGGGCUGGUCCAUGGCCUGCACCACACAGGCCGUUAGAGCUAAUCCGGAGAUUCUCAUCAACUCCCUCCUUCCCGACCUUCCUGCCUCCAGGUCCCCCUGGGGACCCUUGUGGAUUCUCAUUUCCUUGUCCCAAAGGUUCAGGGGAGAUUGAGCUCCUGGUCUCCAUGAGAAGGGGCUGAUACGGAGUCUCGGAGACCGGGGCAGCCCUGAGGGCAGCCUGCCUGGGUCAUGGGUUUGAAGCUAGGAGGCGUCUAGGGUUAAUUUGCCAGGCUCUUUUCUGGCUUCGUGUUCUUCCCUGUAAACACAGAAGGUUGGACUAGUUCAGCGUUUUUCAAGGUGGGGUGGGGCUGCGCAUCAGAAGCACCAGGCGCUUGUUAAGGUGCCCGCCACUGGGUACCUGCACCUAUGAAUUCCAUUCAGUAGGUCUGGGGUGCCUUGCGGGAGCCCGAGUUCCCACAAGCACAACAGGUGAGUGUGGUGCACAAUCAAACUGGUGACUGCCCGAGCUGGGUGCCGCGGACCGGACCGCCUCCCACAGCUAGGGACGCCUCUGGUCCCCUCGGGGAAGAGGUGAAUGGGGAAGUGAUUUGCCCCAAGGCACGCCUUCGCCUUCGGGAGGCGCGAGAACCUGGUCUCCUGCCUCCUAGGGCAGGCUCCUGGUACUGCAGCUACGGGUCAGAUCCAGGAAGACCCGAGGAGGGACCAAGGGAGGGGUGCAGGGUGAAGGGCUGUGAGGCAAGAGUCAUUGUCCCUGCCCCCUGAGCCCCUUCUCCAUUCACUUUGCCUUUGGGCAAUUUCCUCCAGAACCUGGGUGGGGGAGGGCGGGGUUCCGGUGUUGAAAUGGCAUCCUGGGCAGACAUAAACACCCCACCCACUUUGCCCACUGCGGGGCGUGCCACACGGCUCCCAGCUCUGGGGGCAGUAGAGCAGGGGGGCGGGGGGCGGCCUCCUCCUCAGGAUAGCUUCUCUGCCUGAGUUUGCGGGAAACCAAGGAGCCGGUUGCACAGCAGAUUCGGGGAUGGGCCAUCCUAGUGGCGAUCAAGGUUCCUGGGGACUUUGGGCUUUAAGGACGCUGGACCAGGCCCUGGCCCAGUAGGAUGCCCCCGUGUCCUCCCCAGCAGAGCAGGGACAGGGGGACACAGUUGCCCACUCCAGAGCUGGGCGAGAUGGAGCUGACUUGGCAAGAGAUCAUGUCCAUCACUGAGCUGCAGGGCCUAAAUGCUCCAAGUGAGCCGUCGUUUGAGACCCCAGCCCCAGCCCCAUACCCUGGGCCCCCGCCGCCCCCGACUUACUGCCCCUGCUCGAUCCAUCCAGAUGCUGGCUUCCCCCUUCCUCCAACACCUUACGAGCUCCCAGCAGCCGCAUCUCAUGUCCCAGACCCGUCGUACUCCUACGGCAACAUGGCCAUACCGGUUUCCAAGCCCCUGACCCUCUCAGGCCUGCUCAGUGAGACCCUCCCAGAUCCCUUGGCUCUCCUGGACAUCGGCCUGCCAGCGGGGCCCCCGAAGCCCCAAGAAGACCCAGAAUCUGACUCAGGAUUAUCCCUCAACUAUAGUGACGCUGAAUCUCUUGAGCUGGAGGGGACGGAGGCUGGUCGGCGGCGCGGCGAGUAUGUAGAGAUGUACCCAGUGGAGUAUCCCUACUCACUCAUGCCCAACUCUUUGGCUCACCCCAACUAUGCCUUGCCACCUGCAGAGACCCCCUUAGCCCUAGAACCCUCCGCAGGCCCCGUGAGGGCCAAGUCCACGGCGCGGGGGGAGGCGGGGAGUCGGGAUGAGCGUCGGGCCCUGGCCAUGAAGAUUCCCUUCCCGACGGACAAGAUCGUCAACUUGCCGGUGGAUGACUUUAACGAGCUAUUGGCACGGUACCCGCUGACGGAGAGCCAGCUGGCCUUAGUGCGGGACAUCCGACGGCGGGGCAAGAACAAGGUGGCGGCCCAGAACUGUCGCAAGAGAAAGCUGGAGACCAUCGUACAGUUGGAGCGGGAGCUGGAGCGGCUGGGCAACGAGCGGGAACGGCUGCUCCGCGCCAGAGGGGAGGCCGACCGGACCCUGGAGGUCAUGCGCCAGCAGCUGACGGAGCUGUACUGUGACAUCUUCCAGCACCUGCGGGACGAGGCAGGCAACAGCUACUCCCCCGAAGAGUACGCCCUGCAGCAGGCCGCCGAUGGGGCCAUCUUCCUGGUGCCCCGGGGGACCAAGGUGGAGGCCGAGGACUGAAGGGCGGGGCUGGCCCCGGAGAGGUCUUAAUUCCCUUCUGAUAAGGGUGCUCCCUAGCAGGAGCGAGUUCUCUAGAGCAGAAGGGGACAAGGGGAACCUAGCAUUUGGAGGUCCGAGGCGGAUCGGUAAGGCUUGCCUUAGGGGAAGUGAUUGCGGGGAGCUGGAAUCUCUUUUCCAUGAUCCGGCUUCCUGGAUCUCCAGCCUCCACCUCCUGUUUGAGCUUCGGUAUAUAAAGCGCUCUACACACACACAAA